AUGUCAGCUCGUCGUUACCGAUCCACGGUGGCCUGUCACUCAUGCCGUCAGCGCAAGGUACGUUGCAGCAUCAAUGUCACUGGCGUUCCCUGCAUUCGCUGCGCCCAAGACCAUGCCGAAUGUGUCGUGGAUCCUCUUCCGGCUGAGAGUGCCAGGACCAGCCGGCGCAAUGCAUCGGCUCGACACCGGUUACGCGCGGCCACCAGUAGCCCGUCUGUCCGCGGUGCACUCACCGAAGGGAAUGUACUUCGCCCGCCUCGCACACCAGCCUUCCAACGACCCCCCUCGGAGUCACCAGCACCAGCACCAGCUACUUCGGCUUCGGAGCGAUACAGCAUCCAGGACGAGGAACGCAAUGGCCUCGAGAUCGCAGAGGCCGCUUUGGGCAACCCGGAACAAGCCGGACAGGUGCCUUUCUACACCGGAGACAAGACCGGAAUAACUUCAACCCUGACGCUCCUUGCCCCGGAAGGAACUCUACCCCGACAUUUCCUGAUUCCGUCGCGCGCAACGACCUCCCUGUCCGAGGAGGAUCGGAAUUAUCUCGCAAGCAAAGGCGUCUUCAAUUUACCCAGCAGUGAAGCAUGCCAUUGCCUGCUUCAGGCAUACUUUCGUCAUGUGCAUACGAUCAUGCCGAUCAUCGAAGCCGAUCAGAUCCUGCACUUUUUUCAUGCUGGACGGCUGCAUGAAUUCAAUUUGCUAUUAGUGUGGAGUGUGUUCUUUGUUGCCGUCAAUUUUGUUCCCUCCUCUAUUUGCGAGAGGGAAGGGUACAAUUCACGAAAGGCGAUGAAAGCAGCUAUGUACUCCCAUGCAAAGUGUCUCUACAACAACAGCGGAGAGCGAGACAAAGUUGUUCUUCUACAAUCCUCUCUGAUGCUCGGCUUCUGGCACUCCGAAGUAGAUGAACAUGUCCAGCCUUGGUACUGGACUGGAAUAUCUGUGACUCUUUGUCAGAUCCUCGGCCUCCACCGCAAUCCGGACGCCGCACGAUAUAAUGCAUCGAUUACCGAUCGUCAGCGACAUCUUUGGCGUCGCCUCUGGUGGACAUGCUUCUUCCGGGAUCGUUGGCUGAGUCUAACAUUAGGACGCCCAUUACGUAUUGACCUUGAUGACUGCGACGUAGCCAUGCCGUUAGUGGGAGACCUUCUCUAUGACCUCAAACAUGUUCCGGAAUCCCUUCUAUCCGCCUUUAUCCCGGAUGAAGUCUCUCUUCUGGCUGAAUAUUGGAUUCAGUUAAUAGGCAUGAACCCUCGCGUGAGCAGGUUGAGGCCCUUGAGGCCGAGAUCUCUUGUCACAAACCUCCAGACCAGGCCGCCGCGGAUUGGAAUGGUCCCACGAGAUUCUACCUGCAUCACCUCCAAUUACAUUACCACAAUCCUCAUCGUUCUCUAUCGGCCCUCUAUCACUGACCCACCCGAUGAAACGUCUCCUAAUCAUCAGAUGCAAUGGCAGGGAAUCAUUCGCUCCAAGGCCGACUCCGCUGCCUCCCGCACAAACGAGAUUCUGGAAACUCUCGCACAGGAGAAUCUGCUUGAAUAUGCCUUGCCAAUGACACCGCCUCUCCUAAUCCCGGCCAUGCAAAUACACCUCCUGAACUGUCGGACCGGCAAUCCUCUAUCACGACGUCUGCGACUCAACAAGCUCAACGUAUGUAUGAUGGUCAUGGAGGAAUUCCAGAAAGUUUACACCGUUGCGUCCAUCUAUCGCGGAAUAUUCGCCAAGGCCAUUCGGGAAAUCUGCCCUGAUCGCCUCGAUGAGCACCCCGACAUUUCAGUCUCUCUUCCUGCGGCUGCACCUCUUGCUGCACGGCCUGAUGAUAUAGUCAAUUCCAUGACGGCUGGCAACCCGGGAGUCAGUACUGAUAUGGACGAUAUGGUGGAUGCUCUUCUAAACGAGUCGUCGGCGCUCAACUUUUGGGAGACGUGGGGACAACUGUGGAUUGAGUGA